CUUUUGGUAAGACACUAGAUCCGGACCUCAUAUGGAAAAGUGAUUCUGCUCCCAAUUCACUCAAACAUGUAGACUAAAAAAAGACUAAUAUAUCUUGAUUGACAAUUGAUUUUGGGAUUAAUAUCAUAAUUCCACAUUGCGGCCUUAAUCUUUUUUCUUAUCCACACGUUUAGCGAAAACGUGGGUUUAUUGGCAUUGACGCGAGUGGGAAGCAGAAGGGUGAUCCAAAUAUCGGCCGUCUUUAUGCUCUUCUUUUCCAUAGUGGGAAAAUUUGGUGCAGUUGUUGCAUCCGUGCCAUUACCAAUUGUUGGAGCCAUCUACUGUGUCUUGUUCCCUCUAAUGUCUUCUGGAGGGCUGGGCUUACUGCAGUACUGCAACCUCAACAGCUACCGGACCAAAUUCAUAUUGGGCUUCUCAUUCUUUAUGGGCUUCACUGUCUCUCAGUAUUUCAACGGUUACAUCAUAACUACUAAUCAUGGCCCGGUUCAUACCGGUUCAAUUUGGUUUGAUAAGACGAUGCAAGUGAUCUUCACAUCUUCGGCAACCGUGGCGGGCGUGGUGGCGGUGUUCCUGGACCAGACAAUCGGAAGAAAACAUCCUCAGAAUAGGAAAGACAGUGGGAGGGUGUGGUGGGCGAGGUUCAAGUACUUCGACCGCGAUCCGAGGAAUGCGGAAUUCUACUCUUUGCCUUACGCUCUUUCUAGAUAUUUUCCCUCCGUGUAAAUCUCUGAUCCCAUGGAAUCUUUUCUUGGAGCUAUACGCAUAUGCGAUAGGGG